AUGUGGGUAUCCUCUCAGCUACUUUAUGCUCUUUUAUUAUUGGUCUCCGUUACAUUUCCUGCUGGCGUGUCCAUACAUUCAUUCAUUGCAGUACGGACACAUUUGAACACACCUAGCAAUUUAAAAAAUUAUUGGCCGCAAUACCUAGCUGGUUCUUUUCACCCAGACGCAUUCUACAACUGUUUCCAUUCCGAAGCUGCAGAGGCUGCACACUGGCCACCAUUUAUUGAUGAAGCAAUCAAAUAUUUGCAAGAUUUAUUACCAUAUAAUGAUCAUGGACAAGAAUAUAGACACGAAUAUCAACAAUUAGAAGCAUUUAUUUACGGAAUUAUUACACAUCAAGUGGCUGACAUAUCAUGGCAUUCACUUCGAGGUGACCAAGGGCUUUUAAAAAUGAUUGCUAACGUCGAAUUUGACGGAGACAUAGAAAAAGCGCACAAUUAUUUAGACACAGCAGGAGAUUUCAUUAUACUACACCGACAGUUCUCAAAUUUGUCGGGAGAAUCAAGGAAUAAGCUUAUAAAGUUUUUAUCUACUCCGUGGGAGUAUCCAAGUGAGCAUAUAUUAAAUAUUUAUUCUCGACUAGGGUAUAACAUCACUCCAGCAGAACUGAAAUUUUGUAUGCAUAGAGGCUAUACUGCUCUACAGAGUGAGAUAUCCGCCGUUUUAUCCGAAAGAACCAGCAAAUCACGUUUAUCCUUCAUAGAAUCCCCAUUGACUGUAUCUGUUCUUGAGGGUUAUUACUACGGUGGGAUUGAGCAAAUUAUUGCAGUCUUAGAGCCGUGUAUGUUUGAGUUAAAAAAUUGGAUUUCUAAUAGAGACAACAAUGAUGACCCUUGGAACUUUUGUAGACCUGUUUUCUCUAGAGCAGAAACCAAGGAUAAGGUUGACUUGAUAUCACUGAACGGAAAUACCAUUCUCUUAUCUUCCGGAAUAGCAAACACAAAGUUUGGAGGGAGUAUUAAAUUUGGUCAUUUUUUAGGUGAACCAAGUAUUGCUAUUUCUGCACCGUAUGAAGAAAGUUUAGGAGCAGUUUACCUAAUCACUUUAAAGGAAAUUAUUAAGGAAGCCAAGGUAUCUUCAAAUUCUCUUCAAGCAAUGAAAUUAAGUGGUGAUGACUCGCUGAGUUAUCCUGUUAGAUUUGGUGAUAAACUAUUCAGAUGGUUUUUAAAAGAGUAUGAGCUCCUGAUUGUGUCACAGCCUGGAUUAUCAUCAUUCAAAGUUUUUUUGGGAAAUCGUAUUAUUGCCAAUCUACAAUUUCUAGAUGCUGCCACCGAACUCGGAUCAAAUGGCACGAAACAAAUCAACAUUUUAAGUGAUUUACCUCAUGACAUAAAUAAUGAUGGAUAUCCUGAUAUAAUUAUAGGGUCAAUGUAUUCAGAUUCUGUUGGAUUUCAGUCAGGUAAAGUAUAUGCAUUGGAUGGACAAUUAUUAUACAAAAGAAUUAAAACAUUCAUAGAUUACAAAGGCCUAGGUUUACCGCCAACUAUAGAUAUAAAUUCGCUAUUGAUAAUAGAAUACAAACUGCCUCAAUUUCUAGAACAACUCAGUGCUUUCGAACAAUUUGGUACAUCAUUUACAGCCACUAACGAUUAUGCAAUUAUUGGAAUUAAUUCAAUUGGUGGUGUCGUUAUAUUUGAAAAAUCUACAGGAAAAUAUGUUAAUAUUCUUACUUAUAAUGAUCUUUUUGUUGAUCUUGAAUCCGCAAUAACCGAAUUUUCUUAUCUUCCCUCUAGAGAAACAUCGAUGUUUGCAUACCACAAAAUUCUUUCAGGUUCAAUAGAUGGAAAGGAGUGGUUACUCAUUUCAGCUGCUGGAUUUAAUUUUGAAACAACUCUCAGUGGAAUUGCAUACCUUUACGAAGUAAAGAAAAAUAGAAUUAAAUUAAUCACAAAAUUGUCACCAUACGAUAUGAACCAUUCCUCUUUUUUUGAUUCUCAGCAUAUAGCUGAAAUGUUUUCCUCAAAUAUGCACAAACUGAGCGAAUCUCUUGUUGUUAUUUCUAGCAACGGGUAUAAAGAUGGAUGCGGUGGGCUAUACCUUGCUGACAUAUCUCAGUUUUUAAGAGAAACUAAAAAAACUGUAGUUGUAGAACAGCUAUACGAAGGCCACAAAGAUAUUGGUUUCACCAAUUUUGCAUCAACUUCAAUGGAAUUCUUCAGUUUUGAGGGAAAAAAUUAUUUGGCAUUAAGUCUAUCUGACUAUUUCUAUGCUCCGGCAAAUGAUGAAACUAAUCUAACCAGUGGCUCGGUCCUCAUAAUAGCUAUAUAA